AUGGCUCCUGCUCCUCCUGCCCCUAGCUCCAAAGAGGAGCGUAUUGCUAUUGUCAAUUCGGACAAAUGCAAACCCUCCAAGUGUCGGCAAGAGUGCAAGCGCUCUUGCCCUGUUGUUCGUAUGGGUCGUCUCUGUAUCGAAGUGGCACCAUCGAGCAAAAUUGCCUUCAUUAGUGAGACUCUCUGUAUCGGUUGUGGUAUCUGUGUGAAGAAGUGUCCUUUUGAGGCCAUUAAUAUCAUCAAAUUGCCUACCAACUUGGAAAAUGAGACUACUCACCGUUACAGUGCGAAUAGUUUCAAGUUGCAUCGUUUGCCUACGCCCCGUGCUGGUCAAGUUCUUGGUCUGGUCGGUACGAAUGGUAUUGGUAAGAGUACCGCGCUUAAGAUUUUGGCUGGUAAGCAAAAGCCCAACCUGGGUCGUUACGAUGACCCGCCGGAUUGGACCGAGAUUUUGAAGUACUUCCGUGGCUCUGAGCUGCAGAACUUCUUUACCAAAGUCCUGGAGGACAACAUCAAGGCACUAAUUAAGCCCCAAUAUGUGGACAACUUGCCGCGCGCUUUGAAGACGCGCGCUACAGUCAACCAACUUCUUGACAGCAAACUUCAGCGUGACAACAAGGACGAGGUGGUGGCUGCUUGUGAUUUGCAGCCUGUGUUGGAGCGUGAUGUGCACAACCUCUCUGGUGGUGAGCUGCAGCGUUUCGCCAUUGCUAUGAGCUGCAUUCAAAAGGCGAAUAUGUAUAUGUUUGACGAGCCUUCGUCGUAUCUCGACGUGAAGCAGCGUCUUAACGCUGCCCGUACGAUUCGCUCUUUACUUGACUCGGACACCUAUGUGAUUGCUGUUGAGCACGACUUGUCUGUGCUGGACUACUUGAGUGACUUUAUCUGCUGUCUCUACGGUGUGCCCAGUGUGUACGGUGUGGUAACGAUGCCCAGCCCUGUGCGUGAUGGUAUCAACAUCUUCUUGGAUGGUUACAUUCCUGCGGAAAACAUGCGUUUCCGUGAAGAGUCGCUUACGUUCAAGAUUGCCGAGACGGCGGACGAUGUUGAUAAGGAGCGUUCUUCGAGCUACACAUACCCGAACAUGACGAAGAAGCUUGGUGACUUUGAGCUUUCGAUUGAUGCUGGCAGCUUCACGAACUCGGAGAUCAUUGUGUUCUUGGGUGAGAACGGUACAGGUAAAACCACGUUUGUCAAGAUGCUGGCCGGCAAACUCGCGCCUGACACGGGUGCUGACAAGUUGCCGCAGCUGAAUGUGUCGUUGAAGCCCCAGACGAUUACGCCCAAGUUCCAGGGUACGGUUCGUAUGUUGCUUUUGAAGCAGAUCAAGGCUGCGUUUAUGCACCCGCAGUUCCAGACGGAUGUGGUUAAGCCUAUGAGCCUCGACAAUAUUAUCGACCAGGAUGUGCAGACUCUAUCGGGUGGUGAGCUGCAGCGUGUCGCAUUGGUGCUGGCGCUUGGUAAGCCGGCUGACAUUUACCUGAUCGACGAGCCUAGUGCCUACCUGGACUCGGAGCAGCGUAUCCAGGCGUCGAGGGUGAUUAAGCGAUUCAUUCUGCACUCGAAGAAGACGGCUAUGAUUAUCGAGCACGAUAUCAUCAUGGCUACGUACUUGGCUGACCGUGUCAUUGUCUACGAGGGUACGCCAUCGAUCAAGGCGCAUGCUCGUUCCCCCGAGUCGCUCCUGACUGGUAUGAACUCGUUCUUGGCCACGUUGGAUGUCAGUAUGCGUCGUGACCCGACCAACAUGCGUCCUCGUGUGAACAAGCAUAACAGUGUCAAGGACAAGGAACAAAAGGCCAGUGGCCAGUACUUCUUCUUGGAAGAUUAA